AUGGAUUCCUCGAGAGCGAACAAUUUUCCAUCAACGUACGAUCCGACGAAUAUAGAUAGUCCUGGUUUUGAUCCAGAAACUUAUGUGACGAAAUUGUUACGUGAAUCACGUUUAACUAGUCUAAUUGAAAAGGAACAAUUACUCACAAAACAAAUCAAAACAUUGGACAAUGAAAUGCAAACGCUUGUCUAUGAGAAUUACAAUAAGUUUAUAUCAGCGACAGAUACGAUUCGUCAAAUGAAAAAAGAUUUCAAAACGAUGGAAGACGAAAUGAAACGUUUAAUGUCCACAAUGUCAUCGGUCAAUACGAACAACGAUCAAAUUCACCAAAAGUUAGACAAAAGUCGGGGCGAAAUACGCAAACUGACGAGUAUUCAUCUUCUACUACACAAACUUCAAUAUCUUUUUCAAUUGCCAACAAAAUUGAAAGAAUAUGCAGAUGAUAAUCAGUAUGAAUUAGCUGUGAACACAUACACGAAAGCAUCGAAGGCUUUGCAAAAAUACGAACAUAUUCCGUCGUUCAAUCACAUUCAACAAUCGUGCACAGAAACGAUGAAUGUUAUCCGUGAUGAAUUAAAAUCUCGAUUUGAUCAACAGCAAACAGCUUCUAGUGAUACCGUGAAAUUAUUACUUCAAUUGGGUGAAUCAUCUGACUAUCUUGCUAAACAAUAUCUCCAUCAAAAUCGACCACGACUUGAACAAUUAUUAGAAUCCAUGAAGCAACAAUUGAUUACCGCAGAGAAUCAAUCGAACGCAGGAUCAACUAAUCCGCUUUCACAACAAAUGCAUCCAAUGGAUAUUCUCGAAUUUAUCGAUACAAGUUACAAUUCCUACAUAAAAAGUCUUCAUGAAUUUGUCGAAUCUUACGACAUGCUAUUCAUUCGUCAUUCCUCAACCAUCUCAUCCUCGCCGAGUAUCGAAGACGAGACCAAAGAACGCUGUAAAUAUUAUCUCGAAGAAUAUCUUCUGGAAUGCUAUUCUGCAUAUGUUGAAUUCAUUCGCAAUCUAUUUCAAUCGAAGUUCUACGGACAAGAAGACGAAACCGAACUAUAUGUUCGGGCUAUCGACCGAUUUCUACGACGAUCAUCGAAUGAUAUUUAUAAAUAUUUGUUCACCCAAAAUGCGAUUGAGAAAAUUCGCUUGAUGCUCGAUUCAUUUCUAACGUUUGCCAUUGAAUGUCGACUGAAAUUCUAUCACGCAAAUCUCGAUCGACAUUUCCACGAGCAAAUUCUCGAGUUAAGAAAAUCGCUAACUAUGGUUCCACCAGCAACAAACGAACAAACAUCAUUUGAUAAACAACAACAGCAGCAACCACAACAAACACAAAUUAAUCUCACAACUUUUGUCGACAAAAUGCUAAAACAACUAACCAAUGAUAUUAAAUAUACAUUCCAAAACCUAUCCACUUUUCUUAAUGGCACUGAAAUGAUUGGAAACACUGGCAAGAAGAAUGUAUUCACCAGGCAAUUUGCAGUCAAUCACGUUUGGAAUGGAUUCUUUUUGACUCUACUCAAUCGUCUGAUCGCUUAUUUUGAGCAUGAAUACACAACAGCAAGUAGUUGUUCAGCAACCGUUCGCCAUGAACAAUCAUCACCACCUAUUCUUUUGUUGAUAUUGAGCAAAUUAAUAUUAAAUUUCGAUUCAAGUUCUAUUCCAUAUUUAUGCACAGUAUUCGAAGAAAAAUUCAAUUUGAUCAUCGAAAAUAAUCAACGGAAUGAAAGUCAAAAAGGUGGUGGUAAUAGUUUUUCACUCGAUCGCUCGAAACUAACAGCAAUUCAAAAACAAUUCAAUGUCAUUGCUAAACACUUACUUAAACAAUACAUCUGCUCUCAAGGUUAUACUCUAUCCCAAAUGCUCCGUAAGUCUAUUGAAACCCGCGAUUGGCUCAAUACCAUUGAGCCACGACAUGUUCGGUCGGUGAUGAAACGAAUCGUUGAAGAUUUAACACAAAUAGAUAAGCAAGUUAUGAUGCUUUACAAUGAUCACCAAUCGUCAUCGGCAUUGGGGUCCAUGUCAUCAUCAUACGGUCGAUAUCAUCAUCGUUCGAACUUGACGGGAAGUGUCGGCGGCGGCGGUGGGGGUGGCGGCCGAAGUUCAGACGGAGGUCGUCGAACGAUUAUUAUGCCCCGAAGUUCAGCACUUGAUCGCGCAACAAGUGGCGGACCAGGUAGCUCCGGUGGUUCAACCGGUAAUCUUCAACUUAACUUUCAUAAAGUAUUCAAUGAAAAACUAGAUAUAUUUAUUGAUUUACAAUUUCAAAAGACAUCUAUUUUAUCAAGUAUAAUUAAAUUGCUUUUAAAAACAUAUCUCGAAUGUAUCCGUUUGAAAACGUUUUCACGUUAUGGUUUGCAGCAAGUUCAAGUGGAUAUUAAUUAUCUUUAUAAUUAUCUUUGGUCGUUUGUUAAUAAUGACGAUCGAUUUAUUACGAAUUUACUAGAAGAAAUUGUUAGUAGCACAGCUAUGAGAUGUUUAGAUCCUGUGCUGAUGGAAGCAAGCGUUAUUACUGUUAUUUGUGAAGGAAAUUAA